AUGAUACCGUACCUAAAGAACGGCUCAGGUCUCAUAAGCAGGGCGCGCAAAUACUUCAACGACACUCGUGAACCAUUCGCCAUCACCCUUACAGGAGGAAAGCUCUACUUCAUUGUCCGCGAGCUAGCAAGCUCCUUUGGAGUAUCCAACAGUGCUCUAUACGAAUUCUCUCGUCAGCCUCUCGGUGAGAAAGACGACGUUGUGAGUCGAAAGACCGGUAUCAAGAACCCUCGCUUGAAGAGCUUGAGUCAACUCAACAAUGAUUUCUGGAAACAACAGCUCUUACCUGGUGAGAGGUACUCUGAGCUACAAGAAAGAUUCCUAGGGUAUAUUGAGACAUCAUUGAUUCAAGCGGAUACCAGCAACAAGUCAGCGACUUGCGAAGCUGCCAAUCAUGAGCAUACCUCGCUGAUGGAAUGGACCCAGAGUGUUCUAAUAGAUGCUGGCGUGCGUGCAUUCUUCGGCGACAAGCUCUUAGAGCUCGAACCAGACCUCCCAAAACACUUCCUGAAGUUCAACAACGAACAGUGGAAGCUCUGGCACAAGUGGCCUAAAACGACCCAGAUGCGCGCCGCCAAAUCUCAAUGUAUUAAAACAAUGCAGCAAUACCUGGCUCUUCCUAAGCAUGAAAGACCAGGGGCAGCAUAUAUGGUCGAGAUAAUGGAGACGACGCAACGCGCACUAGGCAUUCCCGAAGACGAUAUCGCGAUAGUUCUGUUCAUGUUACUAUGGACCACCAACACGAAUACCUACAAGCUGCUAUUCUGGGCUCUAGCACACCUUCUCCGAGAUCCAGGCUUACUAGCAACCAUCCGAGAAGAGACUGCCCCCGCAAUCAAGCCAGGCAAAGGCGUGUCAAUCCCAUACCUCACAGACUCGUGCCCUUGGCUGUCAGCGUUGUUAAACGAAGUCUUACGAAUAUAUGGUGACGCAUCGUCCACCCGCCUCGUAACGGCGCCCACGUCAAUUGGCGGCAAAGCUCUCCCAGUAGGCUCUUGCGUCGUUGUGCCUGCGCAGCAGCUACAUUUCAAUCGCAGCAUUUAUGGCCCAGACGUGAACGAAUUCGCGCCAGAACGGUUCAUUCGCUCGAAGAACCUUACCCAUAGUUCCAGUUACCGGCCGUUUGGGGGUGGGAUCUCGUACUGCCCUGGAAGACUCCUCGCAAGGCAGGAAGUGAGCAUCUUCAUAGCGUUGGCUCUGGCGAGAUUCGAUGUUGAGAUCGUUGGCGAGCGUAAAUUUCCUGUGGCUGACAAGGGGAAGCCUACGGCUGGAGUGAUGAGCCCGAAACCUGGGGAGGACUUGCUGUUGAGAUUGAGUCCUCGCUAA